AUGGGAGUUGAUGUCUGCAAAAACAGCGUCCUUAAUAGUCAAUACGAAGAAGCGUUAGAGAAGAUCCUCAGCAUUCUGAUAGAAAGAUUUCAAAAGUUCUGGCUGCACAAUGACUUUAUCUACAGCUGGUCUACUUUAAAGAAGAAGGAAGAUCAGUGCUUAAGAAUAUUGCACAAUAUGUCAAAUACGGUAUUGCAAACACGUAAGGCUGCGUACAUAACUAAUAAGAAGAACGAAUUGAAAACUUCAGGUGGUGCGUAUCUUUAUUAA